AUGAGUUCACUUGCGACCGCAUUUAAAACCGCUUACACCAAGGGAUCUGGCUCGGAUCUAGCUGCCGUGCUCACUCCAAUCGCGCCGCCUGAAGAUCCAAACCGACUGCGCUCAUUCUACCAACUCUCCAACGCCGCAUCCGUCUCACUCGAUCUUCCUUAUGCGCUAUUUCAUGGCAAGAGCCCUAAAUUACCCAAGGCUGAACAGAGUGCCUGGGUGGACAUAUUUGUUGUUUAUUGGGAGGCUGUAGGCGAAAUCCUCAAGUGCGAGAAUGGUGAUCCGAGUGCCAGUGUCGUCGCGGUUUUCAAUGCAUGGAAGAAGGUUUCCAAUGCACUUAUCAGAGGUUACUCGGGAUCUUGCGGUCUUCCUGCUUGGACGCUUCCAUGCUUGUACACAGUUGGAAAAUACUUGCGAACCUUUGCGAUAAAUGCCGAUGUUGAAGCGGCUUCACUAGGCUCGGCUAGAUUUGGGUUCCAAGAUGAUAUCUCGGUCGAUGUUGAGAAGAAUGCCAACUUGGAGGAAUCUGCUCGGAUUGUCAACCGGAUGUUCACCCUUUGCCUUAGCGACAGAGCCGCCCUCGAAGAGUCCCGCAAGUGGGGGAUCUACAACAUGACCAACCUUCUAUUCAAGAUUUACUUCAAGAUCAAUUCUGUCGGUCUUACCAAAAACCUUCUUCGUGCCAUCAAAGCCUCAGCGGCUGAUCUGCCCCCUCCCGAGGCCUUCCCCAAAUCUCACAUCGUCACUUUCAAAUACUAUGUUGGUGUCAUCCACUUUUUGGAUGAGAACUAUGCAGAGGCAGAAGAACAUCUAACAUGGGCCUGGAAAAUGUGCCACCGCAACGCGACCAAGAACCGAGAGCUGAUUCUCACUUACCUUAUUCCAUGCCGCCUGGUCACCACCCAUAUGCUCCCUAGCAAGAGGCUUCUUGCACAGUUCCCACGUCUUGAAGGGCUUUUCCGGCCUCUUUCGAGCUGCAUCCGCAAAGGAGACUUAGCUGGAUUUGAUCAGGCCAUGUCCGCUGGCGAGGAGGAGUUCGUCAAGAGACGCAUUUACCUGCCGUUAGAACGCGGCCGUGAUAUCGCCUUGCGAAAUUUGUUCCGGAAGGUUUUCCUUGCUGGUGGCUUCGAAGAGCCGAAGGACGGCCAGGCACCUAGUCGGCGAACACGUGUUCAUGUUAAUGAAUUCGCGGCUGCGCUCCGCGUCGGCACCCCUACAAGCGGCCGAUCCCGAGUUGAUAUCGAUGAGGUGGAAUGCUUAUUGGCUAACCUCAUCUAUAAGGGACUCAUGAAAGGAUACAUCGCACGCGAUCGAGGCAUCAUCGUUCUGAGCAAAGGUGGCAAUGUAUUCCCGGGUACAGGUGUUUAA